AUGGCGCCCUCCGCGGUAGAACAAGAAUCCCGCCUAUCUACCGAAAAGAUUCUCAUUAAACCAUGGGCUCGACCAACACCAACGAAAGAAGAUCUUGAUUGGGCUCCUCUCGUGCAGAUUGAUCUGUCCCGGUUUGACGACCCAGGCGGAAAGGACGAACUUGCCAGGCAGCUCUACGAUGCCGUCACUCGCGUCGGAUUCUGGGUCGUAGUUGGCCAUGGAAUAGACGAUGACCGUGUGCUGCGUCAGUUCAGCUUUGGGAACGCUUUCUUCAAAGAGCCCAUCGAAGAAAAACGCAGUUUCCCGUGCAACUUCGCCGACGGGGAGUACUUUGGAUAUCGGGAGAAUGAGCGAUGGAUUGGGGAUACGGGAGUGAAGGACAAUGUCGAGAUGCUGAACAUCCCGAAAGCAAUCCCUGCGUGGGAAGACAUUCCCAAACACCGAAUCGUGCGACAGAACUACGAUGAGAUCGCAAGCUUCCAUCGCGAUCUCUUUGACAAGGUUCUGCGCAAACUCUUUGUCUUGACCUCCAUCAUCCUCGAGUUGCCGGAGAAUUACCUGACCGAUGCGCACGACUAUGACGAGCGUUCCGACGAUCAUCUGCGUUAUAUGAUCUAUAACACCCGUACUGCCGAUGAAUGGGCCAAGGCACAGGGCUAUACCAAAGGUGGACAUACGGACUUUGGGAGUUUAACGCUUUUGUUCUCGCAGAAUGUUGCUGGCUUGCAAAUUCGAACUUUAGAGGGCGACUGGAAAUAUGUAAAGCCCGUUGAAGGAGGGAUUACGUGCAACACGGCCGACACUCUGUCGUUCCUGACAAAUGGGUUCCUAAAAUCUACCAUCCAUCGAGUCGUCACGCCACCGGCUGACCAAAUCCACAUUGCUCGCCUAGGACUCCUCUAUUUCUGCCGACCCGGCGAUAACACGGUCAUGAAGACGGUUCCAUCGCCGCUGCUUGAGAGGCUUGGGUUGCUCACCGGCGACGAUAAAACCGAUCAGCCGGUGGCCACGGGCACGGAAUACGUACGCGCUCGCGUUCGCGACGUGCAUCACAAGAAGGUGAUCGAUCGCCGAGAGAACACUUCAUUUGAGUUUAAGGGACUGAAGGUCCCGAAUUACUAUAGCUAG